AUGGCUGUCGAGUCCAUGGUUUCCUACGCCUUCUUAUACCGAUUUCACGGAUCAAACUUGUUUGCGGACAGGGCUGAGCUUGCUACUUUCAACGCCCUUCCCGCGGCAAUGAGCCCUGAUUGGUGGUCCCAUCAAUAUGUCACCCAGACCAAUCAGUCGUGGUCCCGAAUUUUGACGGCAAACCCGUUCUUCAAUGUUGUUUCAUAUUCCAAUACCUUCGGGUUAGAGCCGAAUUUUCCUUACUGUACCGUCAAUCAUCCGCAGGCAUAUCCAAAAUGUGUUGCAUCGUCGUUUGUCAAGUACGGAGAAAAUGGCCUUGUCCAUAUGCUACUCGGCCCAUCGAUAGUAGAGACCAAGGUCAGGAACAGGUCGGUUCAAGUGAUAUGUCGGGCUAACUAUCCGUUCUCGGAUCGACUGGACUAUGAAAUUCUGGCUGCCGUCGGUUUUGACUUUUAUUUUCGAAUCCCACAGUGGGUAGACGAAACCACGGCGCUGUGCCAAUUUGCCGGCCAAAAACCCCAAUCUAUUUCGGCGGAAAAUGGACUUUAUCGCAUGUCGAUUCAGAAAGGCCUCCACAGAUUAUCUAUACACCUCUCUAUGACGACCACCGUUGCAUACAGGAACAACACCGUUGGUGUGUAUCAUGACCCUCUGCUCUACGCCGCCAACAUCAAAUACUCCUCUUUAUCCCAUCAACCACUCAAUUAG